AUUGCCUCUCUUUCGAGAUGGAUUUCCUUCAUAGGAAUGGAGUGCUCGCUAUUCAGCAUUUGCAGAAGGACUAUCGAGCUUACUACAAUUUUCUAAAUUUUAUGUCCAAUGUUGGCGAUCCCCGGAAUAUCUUUUCUAUUUAUUUUCCACUUUGGUUUCAACUUAAUCAGACAGUUGGAACCAAGAUGAUAUGGGUAGCAGUCAUUGGGGAUUGGUUCAAUCUUAUUUUUAAAUGGAUAUUGUUUGGUCAUCGGCCUUACUGGUGGGUCCAAGAAACUCAGAUUUACCCAAAUCACUCAAGUCCAUGCCUUGAACAGUUCCCCACUACAUGUGAAACAGGUCCAGGAAGUCCAUCUGGCCAUGCAAUGGGCUCAUCAUGUGUCUGGUACGUCAUGGUAACCGCUGCCCUGAGCCACACUGUCAGUCAGAUGGAUAAGUCGUUGACAACUUACCUGCACAGACUGACCUGGUCAUUUCUUUGGAGUCUUUUUUGGUUGAUUCAAAUCAGUGUCUGCAUCUCCAGAGUAUUCAUAGCAACACAUUUUCCUCAUCAAGUUAUUCUUGGAGUAUUUGGUGGCAUGCUUGUGGCGGAGGCCUUUGAACACACUCCAGGCAUCCAAACAGCCGGCCUGAGCACAUAUCUGAAGACCAACCUCUUCCUCUUUCUGUUUGCGCUCGGCUUUUACCUGCUUCUCAGACUGUUUGACAUUGACCUGCUGUGGUCUCUGCCCAUAGCCAAGAAAUGGUGUGCCAACCCUGACUGGAUCCACAUUGACACCACGCCUUUUGCCGGACUCGUGAGGAAUCUUGGGGUGUUCUUUGGCUUGGGCUUUGCAAUCAACUCAGAGAUGUUCCUUAGGAGCUGCCGAGGGGAAAAUGGCUACAAGCUGAGCUUCCGGCUGCUCUGUGCCGUGGCCUCGUUGAUCACACUGCAGCUCUACCAUUUCAUCAAGAUCCCCACUCAUGCAGAGCAUUUAUUUUACGUCCUGUCUUUCUGUAAAAGUGCAUCCAUCCCACUGACUGUGGUCGCUCUGAUUCCCUACUGUAUUCAUGUGUUAAUGAAACCAAGUGAAAAGAAGAUUAAUUAGAGUUGUGCAGGGGCUUAGUGCUCAGUGGUCCCAGCUCCUCCUCCAUCUUCCAGCAGAACCACAGAGCAGGGGCAGACGGGAGGCUUCCAAGCAGAGGUUACAAAACGGAGGCCACAGACCCCAUCCUAACCUAUGCUUAGUUUUGCCUUCACGGUGGUCUCCCCCCAGCCUCCAUUUUAAAUUAGUUACCAACAUUUGAAAGCCGGAAUAUUUGACAUAAAAAUCUGAAUUUCUGUAUUUUCUUGACAAAUCUGACAAUAUGGCACCUCAGGGCCUGCAUUCCUACCUGGAAACAAUCUACCGUUGCUGACCGAUUAUCCCCAGUAAGGAGCAGCCUUCUCCAUUUUCUCACAGUCCCAACGGGAGCCUCAGUAUCAGUUACGUUCAUCAUAGGAAGGUCAGGCCGUUUAUGGCUCCUGUGGGCAUUUUAGUGGGAGCCCCAGUCAAACCCAAUCCUCUCAGUUUUCAGAUAAGGAGAGGGAGUUUCAUUCAGCUGUGAAAGCACUUGCUGUUGUCACACCAUUGUCAGAACAGGAAUUAGAACCCAAGUUUUCUCACGGGUAUUUUCAUUACACUGUUUUGUUUCUUCAUUUUUAAGAAGUAAAAAUCUGUUAAGAGUGAAUGCUUCUGUGAUGAUUGCCAUGUAAAUCAGCUGUUUUUCCAGAAAUGUCAUUAAAAUCCCACAUCCUCUUUGA